AUGGACUUAGCUGGUUCUGAGAGAGUUUCUCUGACGAAAGCUGCUGGUGAGCGUCUUAAAGAGGGGGCUAACAUAAACAAAUCUUUGUCAGUAUUAGGAAAUGUGAUAAGGCAACUAAGCGAGGGGAAGGAGUUUAUCAGUUAUCGCGAUUCGAAAUUGACUAGACUGCUCUCACAGGCUCUUGGCGGUAAUGCCAAAUCAUUGAUUAUCGGGAAUCAUGUGGCAGACCAGGUUGAUAAGAGGUACUUGAUUAGAUGCAGUUAUAUUGAAAUCUACAAUGAAAAGAUCAAUGACCUCCUGGAUAAGAGCAAUCAGGGUUUAACUAUGAGAAGAUAUCAAAGGAAAUGUGCUGCUUGA